AUGUCUCUUACCUUCCAAGUUAAAAACCUCACCUCCUCCGUGACCCUCACCUACGUUAGCGACCCCUGGAACCCUCUCGGCAUCUCCAACAACCCCAGCGGCCCCCCAUCAAAGCCAAUCCUCCCAGGUGGAACCUCAAAUCUCAUAGCUGCCGGUUCAGCUGCCUACAUAUACUACACCCUCAGCGGUCCUAACGGCCCAUACUCCCGCCUCCAAGUCCGCUGGUUCGGCGUCCCAUCUACCGGAGCACCGUUGCCAGGUGGUCCAGCCGGCUGGUGGGAUGGUCCGGCGCCCACCGAUGUCUACUUCGAUGACACGGAUAGAGUCACCGAUCACGUUAUUUACUUGAGGGAUACCCCCGGAAGUAAAGUUAAGAAGGGGUUAGUCGGGGAAGGAGUUGCUGCUGCUCCAGUGGAGGAGGUUAGAACUGCUAGAAGAGCCGAGCUUGCGGUUAGGAGGAGACAGGUUGAGGAACAGGUUAGAGAGAGAAGGGAGGCAGCUGCACCUGGUAAUGGUCCUCAACAUGAAAGAAGGCAGCAGAGGGGGUUUGAGAGGAUCGCUAGGGUUUAA